AUGAGUUGGCAACAAUGGUGGCCUCAUGACCCAGUAGUAAAAACAGAUUUAGUUGAUCCAUAUCUUGUGAAAGUAGAAAAAAAAAAGGUUUAUUGGUAUUGUUCUUGCGGAACAAGUAAAACUCAACCAUGGUGUGAUGGAUCACAUAAAGGAACAAGAUUUAAACCAAUGAUGUAUAUUCCUCAAACAAGUGGAUAUAGACUUUUAUGUGGAUGUAAACAAAGUAUGCAUUUACCACAUUAUGAUUUUGCGGAUUUAUGGGUUCGAGCAAAUAGAAAUGUUCCUAAAGCAGCUGCAUUUACAUAUGUUGCACUUUUUUCGUUUGGUAUCAUGACAUCAUGGUUAUUUCACCCUUAA